GAUUGCUCGAUCUUCAAGGGUCAAGGGCCAGGGCUGAGAGGAAGGCUUCGGCGAGCAGUCAAUCAACUGACAGACAUUGACCGUCAGCGAUGGAGAUUAUGAGCGGCUGAGAGUGGUGAGUAGCUGCUAAUUACGUCUCAUCUUAUCAAACCUUCCUCCAAACGUGGGUCCUUAGCUUACCGGCGGGAUAUACUCUGGGCCAAAAGUGCUAUUCCAGCGAACCAUUCGGAACUGUCAGAAAUCAGGGGUAACACUGCCCUGUGGUGCCCAAGCUUGAAACUCGAAAACAUAUAUGAGGCUGCAUCUCUUGCAGCUUUCUGGUCCUUACCCACAGUCGUUUCUUGGACCGAUCACUCUUUCGCACUCAUUAUCUGAGCGUCGACCACACUCUUUAUACCUUACCUAAGUCAUUCGUUAAUUUAAUACUUAAUCAACAUGCGUUACGCACUUAUCUUUGCCGGUGUUGCGGCUGCCUACGAUGCCUACGGCUCCGACAGCUACCCCGAGUACAAGGCCAGCUCCAGCACCCCGGCCGUCAAGUACUCCACCUCUGCUCCCGCUUACGGUGGCUACGGAGAGGAGCACAAGACUUCCUCGUCUCCUGCUCCUAGCACGACUCCUUGCAGUAGCUCUAAGCUUGGCUACACCACCAUCUACCCGGGCUACGGCAAGCAGCCUGUGACUGUUACCUCCCAGUACCAGCCGUACCCCACCUGCGGUGCCGCCGGCUCUGAUGGCAAGUCUUGCAACAAGUGGAACGAUGACAAGUACGUCUCGACUGUAAUCAACGAUUACAACUCCAAGAAGGUCACCGUUACCCACGUUGAGAAGCCCAUCACCGUCUACCAGACCAAGACCACCAUCACUCACUACCCCACCGCUUCUUCUGGUAAGGCAUACUCCACUGGCAGCUACGGCUCCUACGAUACCAAGAAGAAUGCCACCCAGCCGUGGUACGAGAUGAACGAGAAGAUUCACGAGAUCAAGUACAAGGAUCUCGGCGCUCACGGCCUGCCUGGCUACGGCGGCUCCGGUCUCUGCAAGACUUGCGACGACGAGCAGCCCUACAAGGUCAAGGAGUACAAGAACGGCAAGUGGUCUGAGUACGAGGCUACAGCCAUCUACAAGGCUCCCACUCCUGAGACCAAGACCUACGAGAAACCCGGUGUGUACACCGAGCCCGCCAAGGACGUCACCGUCACCUACACCAUCACCAGGCCUUCUGAGGCUACCACCACUGCUAAGGCCGGUGUUCCCGUCACCUACGGUGGCUACACGACCGACUUCAAGUCCACUGGUGUAAAGACUUGCGCGUACGGCGCCUACGAGACCGGCAAGGACAAGAACGGCAACGAUGUCACCUCAACCGUUGUCAAGACUGUCACCGUCACUGUCUCUACCACUGGCAAGUACGAGGUCGCUAAACCCACCACCACCGUCUAUGCCCACGACACCGAGGUAAAGUACCCUACCGUCUCAGUAUACAAGCCCGGCGUUUAUCACAAGGACGCUCAGACCGUCACCAUCACCAAGUCCGGCGACUCGGCUUCUUGCGAGUACAAGCAGACCAAAACCUACCCCGCCAUGCCUGAGAAGACUCCCGCCUACGGCGACGAGUACCCCUACGGCGGAAAGUCUUCCAGCAAGCCUUCCGUCGAGACCAAGACCUACUCUCAGGACUACCCUCACUCGACUCCCGUCUACGGCGAUGAGUACCCUCCCUAUAGCCAGUCUUCCAGCGAGCCCUCUAUAGAGACCAAGACCAGCAUCUACUACCCCGAGUACCCUGCAAGCUCUUCCACUCCCGUCUACGACGACAAGAAGUCUUCCAGCACUCCUUGCCCGAGCUCCUCCAAGCCCUACGCGGAGACUAAGACAUACCCCGCUUACCCAACUUCGACCCCUGUCCACGGUGAGGAGUACCCUCCCUACAAGUUCAGCAGCUCGAAGCCCUCGGUAGAGACCAAGACCAAUUCCGAGGACUACCCCCACAGCACACCUGUCUACGGCGGCGAGUACCCUCCCGCUAAGAUCUCCUCAGUCCCCGCCCACCCAGCCACAACCACCGUCCCUUACCACGAGGACGCAACUUCCACCCCCUGCCCCAGCUCCACAAAUCCCGUCGUCGACUACAAGAGCACUGCCUACCCUGAGUACCCCGAGUACCCUGCCGCCUCUUCCAGCGCGCCUGUGCACGACGAUAAGCCAACUCCCACUCCGGCCAACUACGACGACAGCAAUAAGUUCAGCUACGCUCCCUCGCCUUCCAAGACCGCCGCUGCCUACCCCGAAUACUCCGCCGAGCCCUCGGAAGACAAGGAGAACAGCUACGAGACCGGCAACGGCUACGGCUACGCUAAGCGUGCUGGUGUUGUGCAGCGCCGCCAGGCCAACGUUGCCCAGCGCGGCAACCGCGUCUAAGUCCGCUCAGAAAUGAGUGGAUAAGGAUGUUUCUUUGUGUUGAUUAUGUUCAUAUGUUCGGAGGAUCGGUAUACAAGAACGACUGUAGAUGUUUAGUUUACUUUAAUGCAAACAUCACACUAAAUAGCUGCU